AUGACAUGGACACUGAUAAGGUCACAGAUGCCGAGCAUACGUGUAAUCAGGAAACGACAAAGAAAGUUCCGUAUUUGGAAUCCGGUGGCCAUGCAGGGGGCCAUUGAUGAAGUGCGGGCAGGCAGGCUCUCUUAUAGGCAGGCAGCUGUCCAUUUUGGGGUCCCCAAGUCCACCCUGCGAGACCGAGUCAGUGGGAAAGUGGCCUCUGACAGCACCUAUGGUCAGAGGCCACUUCUCUCUGAGAAAGAUGAGAAUGCGCUGGUGGAGUACUGCCUGUACUCCGCCAGCUUUGGAUUCCCACUGACAAAGUCACAGGUGGUGACCCACGCUUUGGCAAUUUUCAACCGGCGCCACCCACAAACACCAAAGGUGGCGCUGAGCCAGACGUGGUGGGUCAACUUCAGGGAGAGACAAAACCAACGGCUCACCACCAGGACCCCAGAUAUUAUUGACCGUGGGAGAGCAUCCUGUGCGAAGAGGGGGCCUGUCGAGGACUAUUUCAAUCUACUGUCCUCGACAAUGGACAGGUACGGGCUGAGAGGGAAACCCCACUGCAUCUACAACUGCGACGAGACGGGUUUCAGCUGGACAGCCAGAGGAGGAAAGUCGUCGUGCCCCGGGGAGCGCCCGCUGCUGCUGGUUAUGGACGGUCAUACAUCCCACCUCGGGCCAGAGCUGAUCCAGGCGGCACAGGGGGCAGGGGUCAUCCUUUUGUGCCUCCCGCCGCACACGUCACACAUCCUUAAGCCCUUGGAUGUGAGUUUUUUUGGACCCUUGAAGGCAGAUUUUGCAGGCACAACUGGGGAUCUGUCGGCUGUGAGCCAGCCACAUAGAACAACUACACUUUCCAAAAAGGAGUUUUCAAGGGUCCUCAAAAACUCAUAUCUGAAGAUGAGGGAUAGAGGCUUUGUGGUUGGAGGUUUCAGAAAGUGUGGCCUCUUCCCCUUGGAUCCGGGGGCCGUUGACUGGUCCCGGAUCAAGCCAUAUGGGCCUCCACUACCACCGCCUCCUCCUCCACCACCACCACCGCCUCCACCACCACCGCCUCCACCACCACCGCCUCCACCACCACCGCCUUCUCCACCACCGCCUUCUCCACCACCGCCUUCUCCACCACCGCAUUCUCUACCACCGCCUUCUCCACCACCGCCGUCUCCACCACCGCCUGAUUCCAUCUUAGCCCAUCCUCUGGUGGUGUCGGGAAGGAUCCCCCCUGACCUGGCUGACCUGCUAAUGGAGGUGAAAUUCCAUAGAAGCCAAGGCAGGUUAAGGAGGAACAUUGCAAAGGCGCGCAUCUUGACGGCGGAGGACAUGGCUACCACCAUCGAGGAGGCAGAAGACAGAGCUGCGAGGAGGGAGGCUCAAGCUCUGGCCAGAAGAGACAGAGAGCAGCAGCGGGCUGAAGAGAUCCAGCUGGAAGCCACUUCCGCCAUAGCUGGUGACUCCCAGCCCAUCCGCAUCAGUGCAAACCCCGGGUGCUCAUCUGCCAGUUCCGGACAUUCCACCACCGGCCUCUCAGCCCCUCCAAUCCCCUUUCAAACCUCCCACGGUCUUCAGCUGCCUGACUCUCCUCGAAUACCAACUAGGAGCCUGCCUGCAGCACCGGCCCAACAUAUUCGAGAACCAUCUACAUCAAGAGGCCCCCUAGGUCCCAGAAAACUAAUAACUGCCAUGCACUCUCCCUCGGCCAAAAGAGCCAAAAAAGGAUGUGGAAUGUGCAGAAAGGUGGAUCCACCCGGCCAAGGAAAGACGGUGCCAUGGGUCCAGUGUGACACCUGCCACAGCUGGUUCCAUUGGGUCUGCGUGUCAUGGGAGGAAGGGCUAGGGGAUUUUAUUUGUUUUUGGUGCCGAGACAUGUAG